CUGUUCCAUCACCGAUGUAUUGCAGGAGCCCCACCUACUCACUCACAGGUGCUUCUGACCCCAUGGCCAAGUUUCCUGUGUGUGAUGGAACACCUGGAUACACCCAAAUAUCAGGAUUCUCUUCUGGUCAGGGCGGAUCUUUUGAGGGCUCCUUUCAAUCUGCGAGUGGAGGAAGCAGCUCCCAUUCCAUAAUAAGUGGCAGUCAGCAAUCUAACACUGUGAUCCAUGGAAAUAGCAUGUCAGGUGGUGGCGGCGGCGGUGGUGGUGGAAGUUGGGGAGCUGCUGGAGGAGGAAGCCAGUUUGGACAAAGCAUUUCUUCUUCUGGAUCAGCUGGUGGAGGAGGAGGUUCACUUUCAUCAUCAGCCGGUGGAGGGGGAGGUGUUGGUGGCUCAUCUCAGCAAAACACUGUAAUAGCAUCAGGGAAUUUUGUCCCUCCACGUUUAGGAGGCGGAGUAAGUGGAGGCUCCUUCAGUCAAAUCAGUUCAUCAUCUUCUGGAUCAGCUAGUGGAGGCUCAUUUGGAGGAUCUGCAGGUGGAGGUGGAGGCUCAUUUGGAGGAUCCGCAGGUGGAGGUGGUGGCUCAUCUCAGCAAAGCUCUAUCAUUCUUGGAUCGGUGAAGUUUGUCCCUGCACAUGGAGGAGCGGUUAUUGGAGGAGGAAGUGGAGGCUCUUUUGGUCAGAGCAGUUCAUUUUCUGGGUCUUCAAGUGGAAGUUCAUUAGUUGCAAGCGGUGGUUCAUUUUCUGGAUCAGCAGGCGGAGGUGGAAGUUCAUUUCAUGGAUCUGCAGGUGGAGGCGGUGGUUCAUUUUCUGGAUCAGCAGGCGGAGGCGGAGGUGGAGGUUCAUUUCAUGGAUCUGCAGGUGGAGGUGGUGGUUCAUUCUUAGGAUCAGCAGGUGGAGGAGCUGGUUCUUUUCAGCAGAUCCAUACUGGAGGUGGAGGUGGAAGCUCCCUUGGCAGUGGUUCCGCCACCGGAGUUGGUUCAUCAAACACAAUUAGAUUACCAGGGGGAAUAAAUCCAAAGGAUGUACCAGUGUCCAAAGGCUGUAAGAAAACUUCAGGAGGAGGAUCAUCCAACAUUGGAGGAACAGGUGGUGAUUUCUCCCAGGUCUCCCAAUCCCACGGACAAGGAGGUGGUGCAGGAGGAGGAGCAGGAGGAGGAGCAGGAGGUGGUGGUUUCUCCCAGAUCUCUCAGUCCCAGAACCAAGGAUCAAUACAUGGAGGUGGUGCUGGGGGAGGAGCAGGAGGUGGUGGUGGUGGUGGAUUCUCCCAGAUCAAUCAAUCACAAAAUCAAGGCUCAAUUCGACCAGGUGGAGGCAGUGGAUCCUCAGGUUCUCUACAACAAAUUGUACAGUCUGGGUGAUAGAAGCUUGCUGGAUUCUAAAGUUUAUGCGUGAAGCGGAAUAUUCAUCAAUCUUCCGCCAACUGGCGUAAACGCUAAAAGUUUGAAGAGGUCAAAACCAAAUAAAUUGUAAAUAUUUAUUUUUGUACAAAUUCUCCUGUUUCCUGGAUCCCAUCUUCAGAUUCCUGGUUCCCAUCUCCAAUUUCCUGCAUAUAUGAUGUAUUUUCAGUGAGCCGUGUACAGAUGGAUUCCUUGACAUAUUACCUGGCUUGAGUCAGAAUCGAAGGUGUUGUCCGAUUAAGUCAGAAUGGAAGGUGUUGUCCGAUUAUUUGUAGCCAAGCGAACAAGCUCCCGCCGAGAGCUAUUUGUGCCAAACAGUGUGUGUUUUUGUAUCUUUGUAAUAAAAAUUAAUCUUAUGUUUAAAUAUGGAUAUGUGCAAUAAAACUUGCAGAGGAUCUGUCAUGAAA